AUGGCAUCCCAAUACCCCGGUGUGAGACCCAACCUCAGUAAACCAAGGACCUGCCAAGGGCCAGGAAGUCAAGACCCCAGAAAUUCCGAACUGAGAAUUAUCUUAGUGGGUAAAACUGGAGCAGGAAAAAGCGCAACAGGGAAUAGCAUCCUUGGAGAGAAAAUGUUUAAUUCUGGCAUUGCAUCAAAAUCUAUUACCAAGAUCUGCAAAAGAGGGUGGAGCAGGUGGAAGGAAACAGAUCUUGUUGUGGUUGACACACCGGGAAUUUUCGACACUGACGUACCGGAUGCCGAUACGUGCAAGGAGAUUGUACGCUGUAUUCUCCUGACCUCCCCGGGGCCUCACGUUAUACUCCUGGUGGUCCCACUGGGCCGUUACACUGAGGAAGACCAAAAGGCCACAGAGAAGAUUCUGAAAAUGUUUGGAGACAGGGCUAGGAGGUUCAUGGUUCUCUUAUUCACCCGGAAAGAUGACUUGGAGGACACCAGUUUCCAUGAUUACUUAAGAGAAGUUCCAGAAGACCGUCAAGAGUUGAUAGGCAAGUUUGGUGGUCGCUGCUGUGCAUUCAACAACAGGGCAACAGGAGUUGAGCAGGAGGCCCAGAGAGCAGAGCUGCUGACUCUGGUUCAGCGUCUGGUGAGGGAGAAUGAGGGAAGAUGCUAUACUAAUAAAAUGUACCAAAGGGCUGAGGAGGAGAUCCAGAAACAAACCCAACUGAAGCAAGAAUAUUACAAAGCAGAGCUGGAGAGAGAGAAAAAGCAGAUAAGAGAGGAGUAUGAAGAGAAAAUCAGAACACUAGAAGAUAAACUCGAGCAGGAAAAGAGAAAGGCGCAAAUGGAGAGGGAAUUAUUAGAAAAGGAGGCUCUCUGUUCUAGAAGGCAGCAAGAUGCCAGAAUGGAAGUUGAGAGUCAGAAUUGGAUAAUUGAGUUAAUCAUGAAAGCACUAGAGAUUGCUUCCCUUGUUAUCUCACGUGUAUUUGCGGAAGAUUAAACUUAAUGAGAAAUUGUCUA